CAGUCAGACCAUCUGUGGUACUGUGAGUUGUGUAAGGAUGGCGGUGACUUGCUGCUGUGUGACACGUGUCCCAAGUCUUACCAUAAGGAGUGUCUCAAGUUGGAGAUCGUGCCUGACGGAGAGUGGAGUUGUCCUGUCUGUGUAAGUCUGUCUGUCUGUGUAUUUACCUCUACGCGUACGGGGGAGGGCUUGCCAGAGAAAGGUGACUCGUCUGAGGAAGAUUUCCAUGAGACAUUUUGCAGGUUCUGCAAGGACGGUGGUGAUGUCGUCCUGUGUGACUUCUGCCCACUGGUGUACCACAUGUCCUGUCUCCACCCCCCGAUGAAGAAUCUGCCAGAGGGAGAUUGGAAGUGCCCCAUUUGUGUGAUGAACCCACCGAAAGCCAAAGUGAAGCAAGUGUUGACGUGGAGGUGGAAGCAUCAGCCGAAGGAUGCAGAUGAACUGGACCACACACACUCACCACAGAAGCAGCCCGCUCGUAACGAGAAAGAGUUAUUCGUGAAGUUUGAGUAUCAUUCCUAUUGGGAUUGUUCGUGGAUCGCUGAGAUCGAACUGGAAGUGCACCAGCCAAUCACGCACUGCAACUUCAAACGGAAGUUUGACAUGAACGAGCCGCCCGCCCUUGAGGACGGCAGCAGUUUCGGGAGGCCGAGGCACAAGAAUGCAUCUUCGGAGGACGACCCACACAACCUGGAAGAGAGGUUCUACAGAUACGGAAUCAAGCCGGAGUGGCUUCAGAUACAUCGCAUCAUCACACAUGAGUUAAACAAAGAUCGGAGGUACCUCGUGAAGUGGAAAGACUUGCCAUACUCGGAGUGCACCUGGGAGUACCCCGGAGAACUGCCCAAGGGAUUGGAGGGCUUUGAGAAGUACAUUGAAAUCUAUUGGGACAGAAGGUUUGUCAUGAUUACAAAACAAAAAUUGGCAAAGGACGACCGAAAGUUUGAGCCGCCGAAGAAGUCACUGCUGCGUAAGAAACUUGAGAAGCAGGCACCAUACUUUGAUGAGUGUGGAGGGAACUUGCACCCCUACCAACUGGAGGGCUUGAACUGGUUGAGGUUCUCGUGGUCGCAGGGCACCAACACCAUCCUCGCUGACGAGAUGGGGCUCGGUAAGACAGUGCAGGCCAUUGCAUUCCUCUACACACUCUACAAAGAGGGCUACAUCACAAACAAACCAUUCCUCGUAAGUGCCCCCUUGUCCACCGUGCCGAACUGGGAGAGAGAGUUUGAGUUCUGGGCACCUGAACUCUACGUGGUCACCUACACGGGGGUCAAGGAAAACAGGGUUGUACUCAGAGAGCAGGAGUUCAGUUACAAGGAGGGGGCCUUCGCAAGCACCUCGAAACCCUGCAAGUUGAAGGACGGACACAAGCCAAAGUUUGACGUACUUCUAACCUCGUACGAAUUCAUCCACAUGGACUUCACGACCCUGUCGUCCAUCGAGUGGGGCGUCCUCAUCAUCGAUGAAGCCCACAGGCUCAAGAACAAUCAAUCCUUGUUUUUCAGAACGAUGGCGGACUACAAGAUAAACUACAAACUCCUACUGACUGGCACUCCACUCCAGAACAACCUCGAGGAACUCUUCAAUCUUCUGCACUUUCUGGAGCCUGAGAAAUUUGCGAACAUGGAUGAGUUCUUGAGUGAAUUUUCAGAGAUCUCAAAGGACGAGCAGGUGCUGAAGUUGCACGAACUGCUUGCCCCGCACAUGCUCAGAAGAAUGAAGAUGGAUGUACUCAAGGAUAUCCCAUCCAAAAGUGAAUUCAUCGUUCGUAUCGAACUGUCUGCAAUGCAAAAAAAGUACUACAAACACAUCCUGACGAAGAACUACGAGGCCCUGAACGCCAAGGGCUACAGCAACCAGACCUCCCUCAUCAACAUCAUGAUGGAUCUCAGGAAGUGCUGCAACCAUCCUUAUCUCUUUCCAGGAGCCGAGAAGGACGCUCCACUGACCAUGAUGGGGAUGUAUGAGGGGACGAGCAUGACGAAGGCCAGUGGCAAGCUGGAGAUGUUGGAUAAGAUGUUGAAGAGGCUGAAGAGGGAUGGACAUAGAGUACUCAUCUUUUCACAGAUGACCCGGAUGUUGGAUAUCAUGGAGGACUUCCUGACCGCAUUCAACUAUGGCUACGAGAGGAUUGAUGGCAGCAUAUCUGGAAACAAGAGGCAGGAGUCCAUCGAUCGGUUCAAUUCUCCUGAAUCGAGCAACUUCGUCUUCCUACUGUCGACCAGAGCCGGAGGGCUGGGUAUCAACCUGGCCACUGCCGACACGGUCAUCAUCUACGACAUGGAUUGGAACCCUCAUAACGAUAUUCAGGCAUUCAGCCGAGCGCACAGGAUCGGCCAGAAGAACAAGGUGAUGAUUUACAGAUUUGUGACGAGGAACACAGUGGAGGAGAAAAUAGCGCAGGUCUGCAAGCAGAAGAUGAUGCUGUCCGAGUUGAUUGUGCACAGAGGCAUGGGAGGAGGCAGCCUGCAGACCAGCGAGAAAACUGACUCCCUCACCAAACAGGAGAUCAGUGACAUCCUCAAGUACGGAGCCGAGAACUUGUUCAGAGAUGAUGAGGAAGGCCAAGUGGUAUACAGCGACGAAGCCAUAGAGAAGUUGCUCGAUCGAUCGAUUGAAACUGUGGUAGAGAAAGAAAAGGAAUUCGGGAUGAAUGAAUACCUGAGGUCAUUCAAGGUGGCCAGCUAUCAAGUCAAGGAGGGGGUCGACGAUGAGGAGGAGAACGAGGACAAUGCAGACAACAACGACGAUUCCUCGCAGCAGACCGGCGCCGACGACCGCAUGGAUGCAGAGACAGACAUGCAGUACUGGCAGAGAGUCCUGGGGCCAGCCUACAACGAACACAUGAUCCAGACUCUGAAGGAACAGGAGGAGCUGGCCAACAAGCUGGGCAAGGGCAAGAGGAUCAGGAAGCACAUCAACUAUGCCGAGAAGGAGAUGAUGGAUGCUGCCGAGGCUCUUUCUAAAGUUGAGGCUCGCAAGAGGAUCGUGAUGGAGGAGGAUGUCACCUUCCAGUCCGACUACGAACCAUCCUCUACAUCCGACGAAGAGGGUGGUUCAGGCAAAGAGGAAGAUGGCAGUGAGGG